AUGACAAAAGUUCUCAGACAUCAGUAUGGUAAUGGUAGAAAACUUCACGUUUUAUUUGUGGAUAGUCCUGAUAUUUGUAAUCUUCGAAAAGAAAACUUCGUCAACAACGAAAACCAAGGGAAAUAUCAAAGGAGAAAAUGGUCUAGUGAACGUUUACCUUCUAAAAGUUUAUUAAAAAAUCGACGAUUAUUAAAUUCUAAAGAUGAAGAAAAAGAAGGAAAUUUUUUAAAAAGAAAAAAUGAUUUAAAAACAAACAAUUCUUUAAUUAAUCAAAAAAGAUUUUUUGAAAGAAAAUAUUUUGAUCUAACAAAAAGACAUUCAAAUGCAAGUACUGGAAGUGGAAAUGGAAUUAUUUAUGGCAAUAAUAGACAAAAAGAGAAGGCACGAGCAACAAAAGGAGUAGAAAAAAUUGAAAAAAAUGAAUUUACUGAAGCAAAUGACGAAAAAUUAAACAUUAAAAGGCGUUUUUGGUCACUUAGAAAUAAAAAGAGAAAAUUUAGCAAUAAUUUUGGGUGUGAGAUUAUUAAUUGUGGAAAGAAGUUAAGCAAUAGCUGUGAAACUGUUGGAACUCGACUUGCUUUAUUUGAACAAGGAUGUGAACAAGAUCGUGUUUGGAUGUGUAAACGCGUUUUAACUGGUGAAUGGGUUCAAGUCCAAAUUUUACAUCUACCAAACGAGCCGGAAGGAUUGGGGUUUGGCAUAGUUGGUGGACACAGUACUGGCGUUGUAAUCAAGUCUAUAGUUGCUGGAAGUGUGGCAGAUAAAGAUCAGAGGUUAAGGCCAGGUGAUAGAAUUCUUCAAAUUGGUCAUAUUUCAACGCAAGGACUUAAUAGUCAACAAAUUGCUGCUCUACUUCGACAACAAGACGGCCCUUAUGUCCAAAUGACUGUUGCACAUUCCAUUCAAUUGCAGGAUACAGAAACAACAGAUACCCCAAGUAAUCAAAAAAAUUUUUUUUUAAAUUUUUCUACUAAAAUGGAAGUGAAAUUUUAA